GCAAGGCAGCGGAAUAAUAACAGAAAAAAAAAAUGGAUCUGAUGAUAACGUCGAGCGCAGAGAUGAAGAAGAUUAAGAGUCUCGAUGAUGAUAAGCUUUGGGCCGGAUUUGAUUGGGAGGAAACUGAUAAGAUCCUGAGUGGUGAAAUUAAACCCAGGACCUUGAUCACUAGUUAUCCUUUCCCAGCUAUUCGAUAUCCUCAGAGAGGACCUUUGAUUGCACAGGAAUUGGUCUCAGUGGUCCCGAAUUCUUGCUACGUGAGGAGAGGGAUUAGAUCCAAAUUACAUGAGGUCAUAGCAAAAGCUAAAAAGAGGCAUUUUACAUCUCUAAUUCUCACUCAUACAAACCCUCGUGGACAUGAUGAACUCAUUAUCAUAAGCUUGCUCAAUGGUGCAUCCGCUGUUUUCAGGGUUAUUGAUUUCAUCCCACGGGCUGAGAUACCGAAUUGUGCAAAUCCCCUAAGCCGCCGCAUAUAUCCUGAGCUUCAUAUGAAGAGUUUUGAUUCUCAGGCCAGUGUUGGCACAGCCAGAAUGAUACAAGCACUCUUCCCCAAGGUCCCUUCUUCUGGUGGAAGGCCUAUUGCAUGGUUUCAGAAGCAAAAUAAUCAUAUCUUUUUUCGAUCUCAUCGUUUCUGCUAUGAGGAACCACUUUCAGGAGAAAGUUCAAGUGUUCGCAGACAGCCACAGGAAUGUGGACCUCGCUUCGCACUCAAGUUAAGGGCUGUUGAAAGGGUAUCGUUUGACACUGGAAAGUUCAAAUUGCUUUGCGUGGAACUCUUGGAUGAUUAUGAAUAGAUCAUUUCAGCUUUGACGACCCUUCUUGUUACGGUAGUCUGCGUAUUUGUUUGUCCUAGUCCAUGUUUUCUGCACAACUCUUGCUUUGGAGAUUUAGUUAUGUUUGCAACGUUCAUAAAUUUGAUCUUAAUUUAUUCCAAAACAUACAAAUUCGGCCUGGUCGCAAAUCAAAGUAGUUUCGCAUUUUUUUUUAUGUAUUGUAAUUUCUAACGGAACAGCAAUGUUGAUGGGAUUUAUUAGCUA